AUGGAUAGGCAACCUGAAGGAGAAUCGUCACAAGUGGUUCACGCAGAAAUGGUUGCCACUGAUGAACCCGAGGUGCUUGUUGACAAACAUUCCUAUGAAAGGAUUACAGAAACUUUGGGCAAUAUUCCAGGGAAACCGGAGCACGGGCCAAAGAUGAAUAGCGAAUCAACUGCAACUAACAGAUACGCCCCAACACACGUUACCGAUAAUCGGGAUAACGGGCAAAUGACAGAUGUUGUUCUCGAUGUUGCAGUCAGCUAUCAUCCUAGUUAUUUUCACCUGCGUAUGUAUGGCGAGGCAGACUAUUUCAUGGUCAGCGACCUGAAAUGCAACGCCGAGAGACAUUUCUGCGAAUCGUUUCUGAACUCCACAGAAACACUACCCUUUGCAGAGAUCGUGGAGGAGGUGUGUUCGACCCAAGCAAACUACCAUGGACUAAGGCAAUUGGCAAUCGAAAUGAUAGUUGAUAAUCUGCCGCUUUUCCGAAACAGAACUACGCCGAUGUUUGUGCCUGAGCUGAUGAAGUUAAUCCCUGAUUUCACAUAUGAUUUGUUUCAAGCUACUGUUGAUAAGUGUGUGGAUGGGUCGUCCAGCAUGGAAAAAAAUUAG